AUGGCUUCCUCAGACGACGAGCACAAGCCCGCCUCCGUCUACCUCGUCAUCGCCAUCAUCCUGGCUGUUCUCAUCUUUCUCAACGUCCUUCUUGGUAUCGUCUAUCUCCUCAUUCCCAAAGAAUGCUUCGACUGUCAAGGCGCUGCCUAUCGUCGACGAGUUGCUGCUGCUGCGGCUGCCGAAGAUGGCGGUGGAUUCUAUUACCGAGCUCGCCGCGGUGCUCAUGGCUAUGAAGUGGCGAGAUCCAUCUACAUCUCUGGUUCUCAAGGCCAACAGGUCACUAUCAUCAACGGCAUUGUCGAGGUGGAUGACGAAAUUGACGCGUGGGCAUACUGGGCUACUGAUUCGGAAGAGACUCUGCGCGGAAUCCCGCUCAACACUGCCCAGCCUCAGUAUCAACGUCAAAGCCCGUACGGUAUGCAAAACAACGACGCAGCCAUCGCAGCUAGAACUACGCCUACUGCUACCGCCAUGGUCUCCGACUACGACUACCACCACAGCUACGAACAGGACGCUCCGGAAAUGCAACUCACCUCUGAUGGCAUCGUCACUGUGAUGCCCAACCAGGGUGAUCUUGUUCUUGGCCUGGCAGGAUACGAUGCCCUGUCGCCUAUGGAAGCUGUGCCUGAACGAGCCGUCACUCGCCCUCCCCUUGCUCGCAGCAUUGAUGUCUACCCGCCUCCACCGCAGACACCUUCGACUGUUCGCACCUGGGGAAGAGAUAGCGAUGCCACUAUUCGUCCCGUGGUGGAGAGUCCGCGACGAGAAGUUGGUGGAGUGAGAGACAAGAGAUACAGCAGACAGGUGCAGAGCGAAGACUGUCUCUGA